ACUGACUCCGCCACUCUCCACAGCACAGGCAGUCGUGUUGCCGCCGACUGACUAGACAACCCCAGCGACAGAGGAGGUGUAGGCUAUGCGUGAACCUCUGUCUGCUCUUCAUACAUACCGGCGGAAAUUACUAUCUGUUGAAAAGUUGAAUGGGUGACUAUAGGGUUCCAGCGCUUUCCAUAGUAGCCUCUAUAGCAGUGACGCGCGCGGUCUGGGAUAAGAAUGACUUCAACAUCGGAAGGGAGACGAAAUAGCCUACAUACCUUGUUGGAUUAACAACAUAAUAGACUAAACUUGCAACAGGACAGUCGGGCAGGAGACUGAAAACUUUCCAGGCUGACUGGCUGUCUGUCAUGAAGAAGCGAGCCAAUGAGGUUUUGGAGCCGGAUGAGCCUCUGUGCUGCUGUGAGUUUGUGGACCGUCAGGGGGAGCGGAGCCAUGUGGCAGCCUGCUGCUGUGACUGUGAGGACCUGGACGAUGCCUGUGACAGAUGGCUGAAGAAAGAGCCCCAGAAGGCAGAUUCACUGUCCCGUCUGGUUACCAUGGUGAGCGACCGCCUCCGUGUUCCCUGGUUCUGGGGCGGAGCUCGGCGUGUUGAUCUAUCGGUGCUGCCCCCGCUGCUCCUACUUCCUGUCCUCCUACACAUCGCAGCCCUUCACUUCCUGUUGGGCAUGGUGGUUCUGACCGCUCUACCGGUCCUGGUUCUAUGGUACUACUACGUCACCCACCGUAAGAAGGGCCGGACUCUGUUCUUCCUCAGCCUGGCCCUGUUCUCCCUGGGCUACAUGUACUACCUCUUCCUCACCGAGGUCUUCCCCAGGGGGGGCGUAGGGCUGACCCAGCUGGGUACAGUGACCCUGGGGGUGGCCCUCACUCUGGCCUCACUCAUCCACACCAAGAGAGAGCCCGGCUACGUACGGCCUCACACGGCCGACGUCCACAGCACGGUGACCUAUCACAGCUCACCUCCGGACAGAGACCCUGCCCACACUGGCCUCAACGGGGUCGGGCAGGAAGUGGUGCUAGCCAAUCGGGGGAGUGGGUCGGAGCAGCAGGGCCAAGGGGUGGAGCAGAGGGAGAGUGGGCGGAGCAGGAAGUGGUGCUCUCUGUGCAGGGUGGUGCGGCCCCCCAGGGCGGGACACUGCAGGAUCUGUGGUGUCUGUGUCCUGAGGCUGGACCACCACUGUGUCUGGAUAAACAGUUGUGUGGGCCAGGCCAAUCACCGCAGCUUCCUGUCGACACUCCUCCUCUUCCUGUUGACCUCUCUGUAUGGGAUCAGUCUGGUGCUGCGCAGCGUGUGUCCCCAACAGAACCUGCUCAGCGCCUGCCCAGGUGUCUACAAUCAGUACAGCUCGGCACUGUGUUUCACCUGUGCGUGGUACAGCAGCAUAGUGACCGGUGGCCUGCUGCACCUGCUGGUCCUGCAGCUCAUCAACGUCAGCUACAACGUGACGGAGCGAGAGGUGCGCACCGCCUUCCGAGACAAGACCGCCCGCAGCCGCUACUGGGGCCUCGUCGUCGACACGGGAGUCUACUCACAUGGUUUCCGUGGCAACUGGGCAGAGUUCCUGACAAUGGGAGAAGGCCUGCACACACCCUCACCCAGUCUCACUGACUUGGUGUAGCUGAGCUGCUCAUCGUCAUUACACCUUUAGAAGUGACUGAUCAAUUGGACGAUCCAGGUAGAAGUUGCCCACAGAAACAGAUCUAGGAUAAUUUUACCCUCAUACCACAGGAGGCUGCUAAGGGGAGGACGGCUCAUAAUAAUGGCUGUAACGGCGCAAAUGGAAUGGCAUCAAAUACGUGGAAACCAUGUGUUUGGUGUAUUUGAUACAAUUCCACUAAUGCUGCUCCAUCCAUUACCACAAGCCCGUCCUCUCCAAUUAAGGUGCCACCAACCUCCUGUGCCUCAAAGAAUCCUGACUUGAACCGUUAGGGGGAAGAACACAAAACAGACCUUGGAUCAGUGUCUAGGGGUAACUUCACCCUCAGUGAUAUGGGCUAGAGUUGAAGGAUGCAUCUGCUGUACUGUCUUUCACCAACAGAUGGCAGCAUAUCUCCACCUCAGACUGUUCUGACUGCCAUCACCUUCUCUCCCCAGUUGUCCCAAAUAUAUAUACACUAGAUGACUGACAGGAGGCACUGUAUUGAAGCACCUCCAUCUUGGCACUGCCCCACCGUUGUAAAAAACAUUUUGGAAACUAUAGAAAUGCAUUUACCAAAUGUCAACAUUAGUUUUUACAACGUUUAUUCUGUUAGACACCUUAAUGCAGCAUUUCCCAAACUCUGUCAUCAGGAACCCAACGUGUGCAUGUUUUGGUUUUUGCCCUAACAUUACACAGCUGAUUCAAAUGAUCAAAGCUUGAUGAUUAGUUGAGUAUUUGAAUCAGCUGGGUAAUGCCAGGGUAAAAACCAAAAUGCGCACCCCUUAGGAUCCCGAGGACCAAGUUUUGGAAACCCUGCUAAUAAAUUACACUGAACAAAAACAUAAACGCAACAUGUAAAGUGUUGGUCCCAUGGUUCAUAAGCUGAAAUAAAAAAUCCCAGACAUUUUCCAA